CAACCCGUUGAAGAGAUGAAUGAAGAUAAACAACUUCUCAGCUCUACAGUCUCGUGGGUCUCUCACCGCCACUGCUAUUCUUUACUCAUGGCUCUGCAUCUGCCGGUCCCGUCCGCUGAGACGCCAGGCCUCCUCCACUUGCGGAGCUCCUCCAAACCUCCAUCCAGACCGCAGCUUCCCCCUGCCGACGCCGUCCGUCCCUUCUCCCAAGUCCUCCGCCUCCGCCGUCACCUCGGCCCCCGCCUGGUGGUCUCCGUCGGCAAGGAAGAGACCGAGCUGCGCGUCUCCAGUGGCAAGGAGCAGCGGGACGCGAGCCCGGAGGAUUUGGAAUGCGUUCAGCAGAUCCAAAGGGUUUUGGAGAUUCUCACGAAGAAAAGAGACAUGCUCUUCGGUGAGAUUAGGUUAACUAUCAUGAUUGAGGAUCCCAGAGACGCUGAACGUAAAAGAUUGCUUGGCAUUGAGGACCCUGAUGGACUCACGAGGGAUGAUCUGGUUGCUGCUUUGGAAGACGUGAAUGAAGGGAGAAUUCCAGAGAAUCGUGCUGCUCUCCGUUUGCUUGCUAAGGAGAUGAUGGAAUGGCCAGAUCUUGAGGUCGAAGCACCGAAGAAAAGAAGUCCUACUAAAUCUCCAUAUGCAAAAGCCACAGACACAGGUGUUGACCCAAAAGUAGCUGCCAAGAGGCUCAACAUAGAUUGGGAUUCAGCUGCUGAUAUUGAACCUGGAGAUGAGAAUGAUGAGAUAGAAGUUCCCCCUGCUGUUGGAUAUAGUGCUCUUUACCUGGUAACAGCAUUGCCACUUCUCAUUGGACUGUCAGUUGUACUGAUCCUAUUCUACAAUUCUCUCCAGUAGCAGUUUAACAAACUUAUAUACCAUUCUGUACUUUUCUUUUGAAUUUGAUAUUCAUUUGUAAUUUUUGAUGAUACAGCCAACCUUGUAUGUUGUCGAGCCGUAUAAUUCGUUAUCAUUUUAUUUGUUGUGUGGCCUUGUAAUUAUAAAUAUAUUGGCCCACGUGCACAAGAUCGCAUUUUCGCUACUCAAGUUAAUCUGUUCAAAAUGCAAUAGUUUUUCUCGAAGUUGUAUA